GAUGGCGACAUCAGAUCCGCCACAGGACACAAACCCGAUCACAUCAGAUCCGUACAGUAAAACCCUGAUCGAUUUACCCACCGAGCUGCUAGAGUUCAUCCUCUGCUUCCCCGUCCUCAACCACAUCGACAUUUCUAACGUGUCCUGCUGCUGCAAGCGCCUGCACCAAGUGUGUGCCAGCCGAGGGAAAGUGUGGGCACACCAGUACCAGCUCAGGUGGCCCAGGCUACAGAAACUGUAUCGGCAGAAUGAGUCCUAUGAUUGGAGGCAGGAAUACAGGACGAGGCUUAGAGUCCGUCUACAGAUCCAGAGAACUGUUGAGUCCAUCUCCCAGAGAUUCUACGCUGAAGUUCCUUGCAUUGGUCAGGUUUUGGGCGACAGUUUUACAGAGAUCGAGUCUCUCGGUGCUCCUGAACAUUUCUGUGAAGACGAGUUACUUUCCAUUCUCGGUUCAGACAAAAGGAAGAACCUGACAUUAAAGUACUAUGCAAAGAAAAUCCUAUACUUCCUUCGUCAGCAGAAGAUUUUGAGGAGUCUGAAGGGUUUUCUGGUGCGCACUGCUGAGGAGCAGUCAGCCCUGGAAGGUGCUGUGCUGGUGGAUCGGUAUUGUAACCCGCUGACUGACAUCACCAUGGAGGGUUUAUCUGCUCAGCUGGACGACGUGAUCGAGAAGGUGAAGAAAUAUCUACGAGUGAAAAACGCCACUCAUCCGAGCUUGAGAUCAGGGCAAGGUAGGGCCGAGAACCGAAUAAAAUGCAGUGCAGAGAACAGAACCCGUAUUUACAUGAGCCCUCUGUCGGCAGGUGGAUGUUUAGUGGUUCAGGACUUCGAGCUUCAGCGACAGGUCAUCUGUGCUCUCAAUGCAGUUCUGUACGAGCAGCUCCAGUUCAAGGGCAACGAGGGUGACUACUAUAACCCCAUGAACUCGUACAUUCACCAGGUGCUCCUGCGGAGGACAGGCAUUCCCAUCAGCCUUUCUGUUCUCUAUAUGACGCUCGCCAGGAGGCUGGGUGUCAUACUGGAGCCAGUCAACUUCCCAAACCACUUUCUAUUACGCUGGUGCCAACGUCAGACAAGGAGUGACGAUAUCUACGACUACGUGUACAUUGACGCGUUUGGGAAAGGAAAACAGCUGACAGCUAAAGAGUGCGAGUACCUGAUCCGACAGCAGGUGACGGCAGAUUACUACAGCUCCAUCAGCACCACUGAACUGCUGCUGCGCAUGGUGGGAAACCUGCUCAACAUCGGCAAGAGAGGAGAAGGCAACGAGAAAUCAUACCAGCUGCUGAGAGACUCGCUGGAUCUCUACCUCGUCCUCGACCCUGAUAACGUCCAGUAUCUGCUCCUGCAGGCCCGACUCUACUUCCACCUGGGCAUCUGGCCCGAGAAGGUGCUGGAUAUUUUGCAGCACAUCCAGGCGCUGGAUCCAUCUCAGCACGGUGCUGUGGGGUACCUGGUACAGCACACUCUGGAACACAUCCAACACAAGAGACACCCCGUCGAACCCGAAGUGAAGAAACGAAGCGCUCCGGAACACAGCCGAGUGCAGUUCAGUGUGGGACUCGUCAUGAAACACAAGAGGUCAGGGUAUAACUGUGUUAUUUACGGAUGGGACCCCCAGUGCACCAUGAGCCAGGAGUGGAUCAACACCAUGAGAGUCCAUCAGCUCACCAACGGUGCCAAUCAGCCCUUCUACAACGUCCUGGUUCAGGAUGGCACCUGCAGAUACGCUGCACAGGAGAAUCUGGAGCCUCACCCUGCUCCGUUAGAAAUCGGUCACCCCGAGGUGGGUCGCUACUUCACCGAGUUCACCGACACGCACUACCUGGCCAACGAAGAUCUCCAGACCCGAUACUUGGAGGACGCGGCCGAGACGGAGAGGAUCGUGCUGGAGCUUUACCACUCGAACCCAGACAACUCAGGGAAUGAUGAUGCAGGGUCAAACGCCAAGCCUGAACUCAAUUCCACGAAUCCAUGAAGGCCAUCCCACUAACCCUAACAUGCUUCAAAUAAGCUACAGUUCACACCGAGAAAUGCUGGUGUGAGUUCAUAUCACGCGUGGUCCUGGACGCAGUGCCGUUUCUAAUGUCAGAUUCAUGUCAGAAAUGAGAGGAAAUGUGUGUAUGAAGCAUCACCAGAGUACAAACAGUGUUCCCAGACUGAACUUCAUCAUGAAUUGACAUAUUUUCACAUACAAUAUCAACACAAAAUAAAACAAUAAAAGGAAUUACACAGUUUAGCACUUAAGUCAGUUGUAGUUGAUCAGCCAGGACAUUUUCUUCGUCUGUUUGCCUGUUUAGUUUUGCCUAGUCAAGCUUUUGUGACUAACAAGUACAUCCUAAAUACUAAAAUUGACUAUUUCCAUUAAUCCAUUGCUAACCACAUUACUAACAGUGCAUAAAAUGAAACGUACAGCUCGGCGAUCUCCAUAGAGUCCAAACACUGGCAGUAGAAUGAGUGAACUUUAGUGUGGGGUUGGUCCAUUAUAACUGACUGACAGUGAUGGGUUGGGUUGGGUUGUCUGUUGUUGGUUUGGGUUGUCUGUUGUUGGUUCUAGUGAACAGAAAUCCUAAUGUUACAGCAAUAACAAGACAUUCUAUAAAACUUCAUGGGAACAGAUUGUGAAAUAUCACUUCCUGUUUCACCAUGAUGGUGCUACUAUAGAGAACGUAUUUGUAAAACAAAGUCCUGACCUCAAAGCCAUCCACCACCUUUGGGAUGAACUGGAAUCCUAACUACAAACCAAGCCUGACUGUCCAUUGUUAGUACCUAAAUCUAGUGGAAAGCCUUUCAGAGGAGUGGGACGAGUCCAUGUAGUGUAUUUUGAUCAGCUACGUUAACUUUAUAGCAUCAGCUAUAGAACAAAAUGAUGACGUGCUCAAGCGGCACAGCAGUCUACAGUGCCAGCAGACCAUCACAGAGAUCCGAGAUUGAGUCUUGCCGCCGACCUGCGCCCUAUCACUCACUUCAUAGUCUGCACUUAACAUAUUAGACAGCCUACAUUACCACAUCAAAUUCCCAAUGUUCAAGCACUUAUAACAAGAGGAUAAAUGUUUUUUUUUUCUAAUAUACAGUAUUUAAAGAUUCAUAAAUAAGGGCUUUUGAAAGAAGAAAUAAUAUGGAUGAAAAGAUGUGUCAAGACUGCAAUAUGGAUGUCAAUAAAAAGAGAAACACUUGG